AGGGCGGCGGGAGGGGCCGGGCGGGACCGGGACCGGACCGGGACGAGGGCCGGUACAAGGGCCAGGAACGGACCGCGCCGGGGCGGCCCCGCGGGCACCGGCAGCGAUGGCGCCGCGGCUGCAGCUGGAGAAGGCGGCGUGGCGCUGGACCGAGACGGUGCCGCCCGAGGCGGUGGCGCAGGAGCACAUCGAGGCGGCCUAUCGCGUCCGGCUGGAGCCCUGCCAGCGCGGAGCCUGCCGGAGGAACUGCCGGGGGAACCCCAACUGCCUGGUGGGCAUCGGGGAGCACGUGUGGCUGGGCGAGAUCGACGAGAACAGCUUCCACAACAUCGACGACCCCAACUGCGAGCGCCGCAAGAAGAACGCCUUUGUGGGCCUGACCAACCUGGGGGCCACGUGCUACGUGAACACCUUCCUGCAGAUGUGGUUUCUGAACCUGGAGCUGCGCCAGGCGCUGUACCUGUGUCCCAGCGCCUGCAGCGACGGCGUCCCCAAGGACACAGACUACGAGCCCCAGAGCAUCUGUGAGCACCUGCAGUACCUGUUUGCGCUGCUGCAGAACAGCAAACGGCGCUACAUCGACCCCUCGGGCUUCGUCAAGGCCCUGGGGCUGGACACGGCCCAGCAGCAGGAUGCCCAGGAGUUUUCCAAGCUGUUCAUGUCCCUGCUGGAAGAUACUUUAUCCAAACAGAAGAACCCAGAUGUCAGGAACAUCGUGCAAAAGCAGUUCUGUGGAGAGUAUGCCUAUGUCACUGUCUGCAACCAGUGUGGCAGAGAAUCCAAACUGGUGUCCAAAUUUUACGAGCUGGAGUUAAACAUCCAAGGACACAAGCAGCUGACAGACUGUAUAACAGAAUUCCUCAAGGAAGAAAAAUUAGAAGGGGACAAUCGUUAUUUCUGUGAGACUUGUCAGAGCAAGCAGAAUGCCACGAGGAAGAUCCGCCUGCUCAGCCUGCCCUGCACCCUCAACCUGCAGCUCAUGCGCUUUGUGUUCGACAGGCAAACUGGUCACAAGAAGAAGCUGAACACCUACAUCGGCUUCUCGGAGCUGCUGGACAUGGAGCCUUUCAUGGAGCAGAAAAACGGGGUGUACGUGUACGAGCUGAGCGCUGUCCUCAUCCACCGCGGCGUCAGCGCCUACUCCGGCCACUACAUCGCCCACGUCAAGGACCCGCAGACGGGCGAGUGGUACAAGUUCAACGACGAGGACAUCGAGAAGAUGGAGGGCAAGAAGCUGCAGCUGGGCAUCGAGGAAGAUCUAGCGGAGCCGUCGAAAUCCCAGACUCGGAAGCCCAAGUGUGGGAAGGGCACCCACUGCUCCCGGAAUGCCUACAUGCUGGUGUACAGGCUGCAGGCCAGGGAGAAAUCCCUCACUGUCGAGGUGCCAGCUUUCCUGCAGGAGCUGGUGGAGAGGGAUAACUGCAAGUUUGAGGAGUGGUGCAACGAGAUGGCCGAGAUGCGCAAGCAGAGCGUGGCCAGGGGGAAGAUCAAACACGAGGAGGUGAAGGAGCUCUACCAAAGGUUACCCGCCGAAGCUGGUUCCCCCUACGACUUCAUCUCUCUGGAAUGGCUGCAGAAAUGGCUGGAUGAGUCCACUCCUCCCAAACCCAUCGACAACACGGCCUGCCUGUGCUCCCAUGGCAAACUCCAUCCCGAUAAGAUAUCCCUGAUGAAGAGGAUUUCGGAAUACGUGGCCGACUUCUUCUACCGGCGCUACGGGGGAGGGCCCCGGCUCAACGUCAAAGCACUUUGCAAGGACUGUGUGGUGGAAAGGUGUCGAAUCCUGCGGCUCAAAAACCAGCUGAAUGAAGACUACAAAGCUGUGACCAACCUGCUGAAGGUCACAGUCAAGGGCAACGACGGGUUUUGGGUUGGAAAAGCAUCUUUGAGGAGCUGGCGUCAGCUGGCUCUGGAGCAGCUGAAUGAGCAAGAUGAAGAUGCAGAGCACAGUAAUGGAAAAAUGAAUGGAAACGCACAAAACAAAGAUGAAUCAAACGAAGAGAAGAGGGAGGAGGAAGAGGAGUUAAAUUUUAAUGAAGACAUCGUUUGCCCACACGGUGACCUGUGCAUCUCCGAGAACGAGCGCAGGGUGGUUUCCAGGGAAGCCUGGGAGAAACUCAAGCAAUAUUUCCCAAAAGCCCCCGAAUUCCCAAAUAACAAAGAGUGCUGUUCCCAGUGCAAGAUUUUGGAGCGUGAAGGAGAGGAAAAUGAAGCUCUCCAUAAGAUGAUGGCCAGUGAGCAGAAGACUUCUCUCCAGAACCUGUUCCAUGAUAAAUGCAGGCCUUGCCUGGGCAGUUGGCCUCAGGAGACAGAUGAGCUGUAUAUUGUUUCGCAGUUCUUUGUAGAAGAAUGGAGGAAAUUUGUCAGGAGGCCGACACGCUGCAGCCCCGUGUCCUCCAUAGCCAACAGUGUCCUGCUCUGCCCCCACGGGGGGCUCAUGUUCACCUUCGCUUCCAUGACCAAAGAAGACUCCAAACAUAUAGCUCUGAUAUGGCCCAGCGAGUGGGAGAGGAUCCAAAAGCUCUUCGUGGUGGAUCACGUCAUCAAGAUCACCCGGGCACAGGGCCCCGAGGGCACUCGCUACACCUCGGAGCCCCAGCUGUGCCCGGAGUGCCGGGAAGGGCUCCUGUGCCAGCAGCAGCGGGACCUGCGCGAGUACACCCAGGCCACGGUGUACGUGCACAAGGUGGUGGAUAACAAAAAGGUGAUGAAGGACGCGGCUCCGGAGCUGAACGUGAGCAGCUCGGAGGCUGAAGAGGAAAGGGAGGAAAACAAGCCAGAGGGGGAGCAGGACCCUGAUUUUAACCAGGCCAACGGCGGCGCAAAACGCCAGAAGCUCUCCCAGCAGAGCUACAUCACCUACCAAAAACAGGGAAUCAGGAGGAGCACCCGGCACAGGAAGGUCCGGGGGGAGAAGGCCCUGCUGGUGUCGGCCAACCAGACCCUGAAAGAGCUGAAAAUACAGAUCAUGCACGCCUUCUCCGUGGCCCCCUUCGACCAGAACCUGUCCAUCGACGGCAAGAUCCUGAACGACGACACGGCCACGCUGGGCAGCCUGGGGGUCAUCCCUGAGUCCGUCAUCCUGCUCAAGGCUGAUGAGCCCAUCGCGGAUUACGCAGCGAUGGACGACGUUAUGCAAGUUUGUAUGCCUGAGGAGGGAUUUAAAGGGACUGGUUUACUCGGCCACUGAUGGUUUUCCAAGAGGAGCGACCCGAAGGGAAGAGGAUUUGGAACGUGGUAGGGCAUUAAAAGCAUCCAAAAAAAAAGGUGGAUAUGGGACUCUGUGACUCUUCCAGAAGGCAGGAAAACCCCCGAGCGAGGCGUGUGCUCCCCAAAGCAAACCAAACCAAUGCCUUAUGUCAAAGCAGAUUGCACUGAGGGACAGUCCUGCUCCAGGAGAACGUCCCGGGUUGGUUGAAUAAAGAACAGGAAGGUUGGGAA